UGUUAUAAUGAUAUUGAACUAUUUUAUUCGUCGUACAUGCCCCAACCCACAGAAGCACGACUAUCGUAUAUCAUAUGAUUGUCAACAUAGCGCUUUUAAUAAACUUAGAAAUAAAAAAAGAAGUGAAUGUGUCCGUGAUACAUGUGGUGCUACAGUAAAUUGUUUUGAAGAAAAUGAAUCGGAACACCAUAAGGAAUGAUCCUUUACUCAAGAGAGGGCUUAAUAUGGUAAUUACUAUAAAUUUUGAGCACACACAUAAUGUUCAAGUAGCUGAAGCUUUUAGCUACUUAAGGAUGGAUAAAAAUACAGAAGAUAUAUUUUUAAAAUAUUUUGAAGGUGGAAUAACCGCUAGUGCAUCCAGAGCAUUUCAAGAAAUAAGCCUUAUAGAAACCAUAGAAGACACAAAACUGCCGAUUUUACUUGCCCACGGGAGAGAAAAAUUAAAUAUUUAUAUGAUAAAUGGAGGCGUACAAACUAUGGGGAUCGCGAUGAAAAAAGUGUCCUUUAGGAAAAGCACUGUCCUUGUUCGUGAACAUCCUAUAAUUAUAGCAGUUUUCACGCCCAUAAUGAAAAGGGCCCAUGAAUGUCGUUGCGCUCAGGAAGUGGUUUUUGUAGACUUUGCAUACAGCACAGAGCGAAAGCAACUAUACAUUAGCAUUUUCGACGGUUAAAGAAGCAUUAGGACCAAACAGUUUUGGAGUGCAAGGUUUUCCUGGAAUUUUUUUAACUGAUGAUAGCACUUCUAAAAGGAAUGCCUUAAAAGCGGUUUUUCCACAGUCACAUUCCACGUUUGUCAAGCCUUUGGGCGGUGGUUGUGGGACUCCCAUAAUUCCAUAGGAAAAACAGAUAGAAAAAAAAUUAUGUUAGCGUUUAGAUUAGUGAUUUUUGCGAAUACCGAUGAAGAAUGUACGGAAUAUUUUCAAAACUUAAUUCAAGAAUAUGCCUCAAGAAUUUAUCUUGAGGCAUAUUGGAGCCGUCGUCAAGAGUGGUGCUUGCAUUACCACAAUAACUUAAUUACUCAAGGAAACAACACGAAUAAUUAUGUGGAGUCAUCAAUCCGCAUAUUUAAAGACAUUGCAUUAGAACGCUGUCGAUCUUUUAAUUCUCGUGCUUUAAUUGACUUUAUAGUUAAGGUUUUCGAAAAUUACCAUAAAAGACGGCUUUCAGAAUACGCUAAUUCGCGGCACACUUCAGACAAACUUGCAUACUUAAAAUUUUAUAUAAACAUUGAAGGUAUGCGUGUAAAUAAAAUUGAAAAAAACGUUUACUUGAUGACAUCACAAUCGGACAAUGAACAACUGUAUAAAGUAUACACUGAUAUUGCAAAAUUGUGAUUGUCCGUUUGGUCAACGUGGUCGUUUUUGUAAACACUUGUGCGCAGUUCAGGAAAAGUACGGCAUUAGAAUACACACGGCACCAUUGUUAACAAAAGAUGAUAAACAAGAUUUAGCUAAACUUGCUUUAGGAGAAAACAUUCCCGCAGAGUUUUUUAAAAAUAUGGAUGAUAUUCACGAUGAUUCUCAGAAUAUGUUAGCUGAACCUAGAAUGAUCGAAAAAUUUGAUGAAAUAGACAACGAUAUUAAUACACAAAAACGGUCUACUGAAAAUGAUGAUUUUAAAAUGAUUCAUCAAGAAGUUGUGCAAAACCUUUCGCAACAUUUUUUGAGGAUAACUGAAGAUGUAUCACAGCACAAAGUUAGACCAGGUUUGCAUUCACAGGCGAAACGGAUUCAGGCUGGUCGUCCAAUGAAUUAGGAAGACCAAACAAAAUAAAAAGAAAUCUUGCCCUUAAUAUUUUUAACGAACAACCAAAUGCAAAGUCACAUGGUUCACAGCACUAGUUUAGUUUUUAUUGUAUUUUGUUAUAACUCCAUUUUUAACUUAUUUAAAUAUUUAGGACUAUGUAUGUAAUAUGUGUUAUAAUACAAUAAAUAACAUAAACUUA